CCGACUGGCUGUCUCUUAUUUCUCUUUCCCUCUCUCCCUCUCUCUCUUUUUCUACCUUUUGCUUAUCCUUUUUUCCCCAUCACUGCCGCUCUCUCGCUCUCUCUCUUUCUCCACACACACGCUCACAUACCGCAGGAGAGGACGCACAGUGACAGCGAGCAGGCAGACAGGCCAAUGCUUAUCCUCCGCCUCUUGUAAAAGACAAGGCCAUCACGUUGUCAGCUUUUUAAACCAAGGACUACCUUACACAACUGUACCUUGGGACCGGUUGUUGCUGAGGAGGAGAUACCGCAGAGCCGAGGAUAUCAGACACACACACAAACUGGGACUGGGGCUGUACCACCGGGUUGGAUAAGGACUGCUUCUCUCCGUCUCGGUUUCUGUCUAUCUCUCUUCUCUCACAUGCACAGACGAGGGCCUGUCACCUGCUUCUUCUAGGGGCUUGAUCUAGUGAAGAUUUUGUGCUGGUGUGUGUGUAUGAGGAAGUUGCGUGUGUUUUAGGGUGUGUGUGUGUCAUCACGCCAGAGGUCACACCUCCCUCAUGCAGUAGGUGUGUGUCGGAGAUCCGCUACUUCCCUUUGUCUUUGUCAGCAUCUCACUCUCUUCCCGACCAUCUCUCCAUUCCCCUCUCCCUCUCCCUCCCUUUCCCACCUCGCUCGUCUUUGCCUCUCUCUCCUCUCCAUCCCCCCCUCCGCCGUCUGUCCCAAUCCUGCGGCCUUCCUUCCGAGCUGCCUGUUUUCCCACGAUGCCCUGCUCCAGGCCGCUCCGCUAGGCCGCGGCAGCAUGGGCGGAACCUGGGAGAGGAGCGAGAGCACGGAUUGGACCGUUCCCUUCAGGGCGGGCGCGUGGGCGGGUUACCCCUCAGCUUCAGAUGGGCGAGGAUACUGAGAGCUCCAAGAUCAACCACAGCUUCCUCCGAGACUACGUCACUGAAGCUGAUGUCAUCUCCACGGUGGAAUUCAACCAGACCGGCCACCUGCUGGCCACAGGGGACAAGGGCGGCCGUGUGGUCAUCUUCCAGAGAGAGACAGAGUCUAAAGGGGAGGCUGAGGACGUAGGGGAGGCAGUGGGGGAGUCGGGGGAGUACAAUGUCUACAGCACGUUCCAGAGCCACGAACCGGACUUUGACUACCUGAAGAGCCUGGAGAUCGAGGAGAAGAUCAACAAGAUCCGCUGGCUCCCCCAACAGAACGCCGCCCACUUCCUCCUCUCCACCAAUGAUAAGACCAUCAAGCUCUGGAAAGUGAGCGAGAGAGACAAGCGUCCUGAGGGAUACAACCUGAAGGACGAGGAGGGCAGGAUCAAGGACAUCGCCACUGUCACCUCACUGCAGGUGCCGGUGCUGAAGCCCACAGAUCUGAUGGUGGAGGUUCGUCCCAGACGAGUGUUCUCCAACGGACACACCUACCACGUCAACUCCAUCUCCGUCAACAGCGAUGGAGAGACCUACCUGUCUGCUGAUGACCUGCGCAUCAACAUGUGGAAUUUGGGCAUCACCGACCGCAGCUUCAACAUUGUGGAUAUCAAGCCAGCCAACAUGGAGGAGCUGACAGAGGUGAUCACCUCAGCAGAGUUCCACCCACAGCACUGCCACCUGUUCGUCUACAGCAGCAGCAAGGGCACCCUGAGGCUGUGUGACAUGAGGGCCGGCGCCCUCUGCGACAGACACACCAAACUGUUUGAGGAGCCGGAGGACCCGGGAAGCCGGUCCUUCUUCUCUGAGAUCAUCUCCUCGGUGUCAGACGUGAAGUUCAGCCACAGCGGGAGGUACCUGCUCACCAGAGACUACCUCACCACCAAGGUGUGGGACCUGCAUAUGGAGAAGGGCCCUGUGGAGACCUACCAGGUGCAUGAGUACCUGAGGAGCAAGCUGUGUUCUCUGUAUGAGAAUGACUGCAUCUUUGACAAGUUUGAGUGUGUCUGGAACAGCUCAGAUAGCGUGAUCAUGACGGGGGCGUACAACAGCUUCUUCCGGAUGUUUGACAGGGAGACAGGGAAGGGCGUGACCCUGGAGGCGUGGCGGGAGACCAGCAAACCUCGAGCUGUGCUACGUACACGGCGCGUCUACUCAGGCGGCAAGCGUCGCCGUGGCGACGUGGGCGUGGACAGCCUGGACUUCACCAAGAAGAUCCUCCACAUGGCCUGGCACCCAGCGGAGAACAUCAUUGCCAUAGCAGCCACCAAUAACCUCUACAUCUUCCAGGACAGGGUCAACCCUGAGACUCACGGACAGUGACACACACGCUGACACACAAAAUGUCAACCUCAUAUCCUGGACCUCACAUGCUACAGUCAGCGGAUGAACCUUUGAACCCUUUGCCACGGUUCACAUUUCAUGGGGAAGAUCAAUACAUUCGACAGGAUCUGAUUGGGUGACAUGGAAAUACAGAGAUGCAGAAAUCCUUAGCAGUCGGCAGGGCAGCAAUGUCUCAGAGUUAAACGGCUCACCAAACGCAAGCCCAUCACUUAUCCUGUAGCACUUCCCCACUCACGUAUUCACCCCUACUGGAUUCACAAUGUGGUGGAUUUUGUCACUAGGAGGCCUGACUCAACUGCCGUAACUUACAAGCAGCCGAAGUCGACAAUGUACAAGUCCUCCACAGUGUCUGGAGCCAAUCAAUGUCUGCACUUUCUUUCACCGCAGACAGUAGUUUGAAUGUUGUCUUACUGUUUACCGGUUAAGGGAUGGACACAUUCCGGUAAUAUCUUAAUGUGCCGGUGAACUUGCCUGGUCCAUUCACCUGGAACGGCACUCCCCAAGAAAUGCAAAGAUGACCUUUGAGGGUUUGACUUGGAAGUAAUUGUACUCACACAAUGUGGUCUUACUGUCCCAUACACAAGCUUCCUUUACUUAACAACUGUUAUACUUGAUGUUGUAUACACUCUCCAUAUUACAUUGUCUGUAUAUACCCAUAUCUGUCACUGUUUCUAAUAUAAACACUGUUCUUGUCAGUCAACACAUUAUGUAGAGUUAGCCCAAAACUGAAGAAGAGUUUUGAUAAGUUUAGAAUCUGAGUUUGUCCAAUCUGAGAAACAGACUUCCUGAAAGGGCUGUUAGAUGAUCCCUGUGGAAGUAUAUUUCAAGAGCCUUUCAUAUUGAUGUCAAAUGACUUUGUUUCUCUGUUGUUCUAUCUGUUUACCUCCCUGUCUUGAUUUCAGCCAAUCCCUCCUCUUCUCACCCCUCUUAUAUCUCAAUGAUACUGUCAUCGUAGGAGUUCCUCUCACUGUACAUCAGCUGCUUCUCCACUGUAGAACAAGGAUCAUAUCUCCAUGCUACCACACCAUAGGUGAUAACAGAGACUGUGUUGUAAUGCCAGGGCUAACACUUCACCACCAUGUACAGUCAGGGGAGACCAUUAGUCUGAUCAACCUAACAAACCAACAGACUUGGUCAGUGUAUUUGCUUUGCAGUUUGCCCUUAAUGAAAUGAUGCUGUUGUCUGAUAUGGAUGGUUUUGACAGUUAUGUCAAAUUAUUAUAAUUAUUAUAAUAUUGUAUAAUAAUUGUAUAAUUAUUAUAUUAUACAAUAAGUAUUUGACAGGAGUUGCAAAUAGUAUUUGCAUGCCUGAUGGUAAACACAACAAAGAAAACGAGGAGGGGGGCAUCACCACAUCACGCGUCCCUCUCCUCUCAUCCAACCGCAGCAGCAGUCCAGCCUCCAUAGCCAUCCUAGUCACACACAGAGGACCAGUACAAAGUUAGUUCUGUGUCCAGGAACACAGUACAGUAGCAUGUUUGCCCUUAUCCUGUGUUCUUAGCCUGUAUAUCUAUACAACUACAGAAAAAAACGUAAAGAACUAACAGAAGACUAUUCUAAUCUGAAGACAGACUCACAAAUUUGAACCUGAAAUGAGACGAAUGAAGGAAUGUGAAUAAAUAAGAGAAAAUAAACUGUAGGA